AUGCUUUUGACGAUCAUAUUGGCAGAGUCAAACCGAUUUGUCAACCAGAGAAGAAGAGAGAAGUUGCAUGAAUUGAAACACCAGGACGAAAGUCCAGUACGAGAAAAAGAGGACUGGCUGAGGUGGGAGUUGAACGUCGAAAAAGCAGCCCCACGACUGGACUGCAUGGCCGCUGUCGUCGGAUGGAGGGAAGAUCCAGAGCUGUUUUCACGAGCGCUGGAGAGCUACAAAACCACUGAGGGAUGCACAUUCCUUCUGGUUGGUGUCGAUGGUGACGAGGCGGACGAUCAGGAUAUGGUCGACGUCUUCAACCAGACAUAUCCUGAACGCUCAGCCGUCAUUCACAUCUCGGAGCCAUUAGGUGAGCUUGCAGAGCGCACCAGGGCCAAGCUCGUCGCCAUGCGCCAGCAAGACAAUCAGCCCAUCAACGACGCCGAAAUCGACGGGAUGGUUAUGCAACAUUGCAUUCUCCUCGCCCGGACCAUUCUCGAGCAGCAUCAGCUCACCAUCGGAGGCGACUAUCACGCAGGCAUUCGCCAGAUCUGCCUACGACAGCGACACAUGCACAAGAAGGGCAUCAUGUUCACGACCUUUGUUUUCUCCCUAGUUAUCGCCGACAUCCUGGGCAUAGAGUUUCUCUGGUCCUCCGACAGUGACACCAUCGUCUUCCAAGACUCCCUCUCCCGGACUGUCGACACCAUCGCCGCGGACCCAAAGCUCGGCGGGGCCUCCUCAGGGUUAGUCGUGCACAACUCCGCCGAGACCACUGUCACAAGUCUAGCCGCCACGAUCUACUGGGGCGAGCUGUACCUGACCCGCUCGUCGACAGCUGUGACAGCUACGAGCGACUGCCAGAGUGGGCCGAGCACGGUAUUUCGUCUGGCUGCACUGCCGGACAUCUUGGUGCCAUGGUACCUGCAGACUGUGCUGGGCAAGAGAAUGAUCAUCAACGAGGAUAGGCAUCUGACGACUAAUUUGCUGUUAAGGGGUUGGGGAGUGGUAUAUGCGAGCGAUGUGCUCACCUCUACCGACACGCCAACAACGAUGAGCAAAUGGUUGAAGCAGCAGCUGCGGUGGGCGAGAGCAACUCACAUUGAAAGCUUGCUUAUGCCGCGGGUCUAUUUAAAAACGCAUCCUCUGUUGUUCUUUGGCAUGGCAAAGAGGGAGUUUGGACCAGUGCUGGGUGCUCUUGCGGUGUCGUACUACCUACUCACGUCUCGGAAGCUUGUCUCGGUGUGCUUUGCUGAUGUCGCGAUAAGGCUCCUGCUCGGUGUCGCGUACAAUAUUCUGCGGAACCCAGAUCGCUUAGGGAGAGGAGUUGGCGCGGCUGGGAAAUGGGUCAUUCCGGGUUUCUUCUUCUACUACAUCCCGCUGCCGGCGGUGCAUGUUUGGAGCAUGUUGACCUUGACGGCCGAUGGAUGGGGAACUAGCAUGCGAGCAGACGGAGAGACUACACCGAGGCCAAUGUAG